GAUUAGCGAUGCCUUGCGCCUGUCAAAAUGGCUGCGUUUUAUUAUUCUUCCAUAUUGAUGUAUUCAGCGGCGUUUUCAUCCAUAUACUAGAUAAUUAUAUCUAAAAACAUUCAGUAAAAAAUCACUAUAUAUAACUGUAGUAGGGUGAAGUGUAGAAACUUGCUAGAAGGACUGAAACGCUGGACUUGUUGCAUAACCCAUUAAUUAUGCCAGACGACCUACAAUAGCUUUUGCAAAUGAAAAUGGAUGAUAUGUCACUGUCAGGCCUGGAUAACACCAAGCUAGAGGCCACGGCUCAUGACAUCUACUCAGACUUGGUGGAAGAUGCGUGUUUGGGGCUUUGCUUUGAAGUGCACCGAGCUGUCAAGCAAGGCUACUUUUUCCUGGAUGAGACGGAUCAAGAAAGCAUGAAGGAUUUUGAAAUCGUGGACCAGCCAGGGUUGGAUAUAUUUGGACAAGUGUACAACCAGUGGAAGAACAAGGAGUGUGUGUGUCCGAACUGCAACAGGAGCAUAGCAGCCUCACGAUUCGCCCCUCACCUGGAGAAGUGUUUGGGAAUGGGGCGCAAUAGCAGCCGCAUUGCCAGCCGCAGGAUAGCCAGCAGCAACAACACAAGCAAGUCAGAAAGUGACCAAGAGGACAACGAUGACGUCAAUGACAACGACUGGUCAUACGGAUCCGAAAAGAAACCCAAGAAGAGAAAGUCAGACAAGAAUCCAAAUUCCCCCCGAAGGUCCAAGUCUCUGAAACACAAAAAUGGCGAGCUCAGUGGUAACAUAAAUCCCGACCUUUACAAGUACAACUUCAUUUCCGGGAUCAGCUAUGAGACCCUAGGACCAGAAGAGCUCAGAUUUCUCCUGACUACACAAUGUGGGGUCGUAUCCGAGCACACUAAGAAGAUGUGCACACGGUCCCAGCGCUGUCCCCAGCACACGGACGAGCAGAGGAGGGCAGUCAGAGUUUUCCUCCUGGGGCCGUCCGCGUCGACACUGCCCGACCCGGAGUCAGUGCUGGAAAAUGACUCAUAUGACACCCCUGAUGGACAGCUCAUCAUGUCCCGCCUCCAGUGGGAUGGCUCUUCUGACAUCUCACCUUCAGACUCCGCCUCCUCCAAAACCAGUACCAAUAACUCAGACUCUAAGAGACCUAAGAAGAAAAAGAAACAGAGUUCUCUACUAAUGAGUAGUGCUGGAGUGUGUGAGAGGGAAAAAGGAGGGGAGAGAGGAGAACGAGAAAGAGGAGGAGGAGGUGGUGGAGGAGGGAGCAGCAACAGUAGUGUAAGCGGCCUGGGUGGUGCAGGCACUAGCAGCAGCAGCAGCAGCAACUCCCAGAGUGCCCUUGCCCUGUCAAAUCGUAAGAAGAGACCCAGACCUCCACCUCCACCGGCCCCUAAUAUUUAUGAUGACCUGAACUGAAAUAACACCACACAAACUGCAUCAUGAUCGUUACACUGAAUUCUGUUUAUUUUAUCCUUUGCUAUUUCAAAGCAGUGUGUGUGUUUGUGUGUGUGUGCAUUCAGAAAGUAUUCAAAUCCCCCUUCUUCUUUUUGAAAUUUUAUGUUGAGGUCUUAUACUACAAUCGUUCAAACUGAUUUUUCCCCUUAUUAAUCUACACUCAGUACCCCAUAAUGACGAAGUGAAAACAGAAUUCUAGAAAUUACUACAUUAAAAAAAAAAAAAGGUCAAAUAUACAGGGACACGUGAAAAACACGCUUAACGUGAUGAUGCGAAAAAAAAAAAAACUCGGUAAACACAUUAAUAAUAAAGCAUUCUAUGAACAGAGGAGCACGAGUCCAGAAUACAAAUGUAAUGCGUUUGUGCUCCCAUGGACCAUUAACUAAAAAGCUUACUGUGACUUAAUGCGAUAAGACGACAUUUUUAAAAGACCAAACUCAGUACAGACCAAACCAUGUAAAAGACAAGCACAAAAUUCAGAAUACGAAUGCUUAACACGUAUGUGUUAGUAAAAAAAGAAAAAAAUCUACCUUGUCUGUACAUAGUAUGCUUUAUUAUUGUGUUCACAGAGGUUUUUUUGGGGUCUUUUCACAAAAACGUGCCCAUGUGCAUAAGUAUUUAGACUCUUUAAUCAGCACUUAUCUGAAGCACCUUUGGCGGCAAUUACAGCCUUGAGUCUUUUUUUGGUAUGACUCAACAAGCUUUGCACACCUGGAUGUGGACCUUCAGUGGACAGGCCACUUUGGAGUCUCUCCAGAGAUGUUUUAACAGGAUUCAAAAGUCAGGACUCUGGCCCAUGCUAAUUUUCUUUUAUAUUUUAAUAAAUUGUGGAUUCAGAUUUCUGUGGUAAAAAUUGCACUAUUUCUUGUCUGUACAUAGAAAGUUGUGCAGUGUGUAUGGAUAUGUUGUACAUUUUCAAUGCUGGCGUUGGUUCUCUCACUCCGUGCUGAACGUCCUGUGGUAUUGUGAAUAAAACCUGGUGUGUCUCAGGACCACAUCCCACCUGGA